AUGACCAUCAUGGCCCUUCAUGUUCGCCAGCAUGCUUCGCGUGCGGCCCCGGGUAGCGGAACGCCUUGGGGGUUCGACGUGGCUGUCGCCACCCCAAGCGGCCAUCUGGUGUUGGUGCCUCGCGAGGGAAACCGUGACCUCGAGGAUGCUCAGAUUGCUGUCGCCCCUGGCCAGACUUGGUGGAUUCGCUCCCUCGAUGGUCAACCUACAAACAACAUGAGCCUGUCUGCAAUGCGUGGUAUCUUGCAAGCCCAUACCGAACUCGAGUUUGAGCUGCAGCCUUUAGCAGCCCUCCACAACGACCGCAAUUCGGCCACCACUGCCACCACUGCCACCCCUGCACGCAAGCGUCCAACCACAGCCUCCGCCAGCAGUGCCAGCAGUACCAACGCCACCCCCCGCGGCAAGCGUCGCCUUCCCGUGGCGCCUGUCAGACAGCCCGCAACCAAGAGCUCAAUGAGCACGUUGAGUGCAAGCGUGGAAACCACAAGCACCUUGCUUUCCCCAACCCCUUCUCUCAGUACAGAUCCAGCACCGCAAAAAGCUGCUCCUCGCCAGGCCUGGGUUGAGCGCGGCUUGUCUCCCGUGCGCGAGCUGCCAGAGUCAGCUGCCUCGUCCAUGCAGGCCAGCCUCUCCCUUUCUUCAGAUCUGCGCGGAAGCGAGCCCUCUCCGCUCGACAUGAUAUCUCGCGCACUGAGCCCGCUAUCCGCGGCUGGGGAGCUCGAAUCUGUGAGCGCAUCUGGACGCUCACCCCCCGCUUCUGGGCCUGAGACUCAAACCGGUAUCAAUCCCGGCACACGCGCCAGCUCUGCCCGCACCAGCACCGACAGCAUCGAUUUUCGCCCCAACAGGGGUACCCAACGCUCUUAUUCCAUGGAACCCCCCGCAACACCGGAUGCCUAUCACAAUGCCUCUGACGAGAUGCCCGGGAUUGAGCGUACUCGUCCUGGAACUGCACCUACCGGAUCCUCCGCGUCUGGCCGACUCAUCCUGCCCACUGGACAGUACGGAACUAGCGGCGUUGUCACUGAAUUGCAUGGCGCGCUUCUGCAUCGCCAAAAUAACAAACAAAGCAAGACAUCGGGUGAGCUCCAAAUCAUCCAGUAUGAGAAAGAAGCCAAUGGCCACUUUGGCUUCUUGUGCAUUGGCGGGUCAGACACUCGUGCUUCAAUGUUGGGAUUACGCAAGGGCGAUCGUCUCUUGGCCGCCGGGCGUGCCAGCUUCCUUGGCGCCACCCACGAAGAGGCCAUCAACAUUCUCAACGAGAUUCACCAACACGCUGAGCUAGUCGUGCUUCGCACGCCAGUCGACCAAUGGGUUGCUGUUUGUCGCCAGGCACGGAACCUUGAUCAACGCCUGAUCGAGGACCGCAAUGCAGGCCGCACGGUGCCAACAACUGAGUUUUUCCGUAGCAUUGCUUUGCCUCGAGGGCCAACGUUUGAUUUGAAAGAUGGCGUGACCACGGGCACCGUGCACAGGUUUGUGCUCAACCGUGCCGAGCACAAAAAGAUUGGCAUGCGCGUAGCCGGCGGCGUCGACACAGAGGCCGGGGCCGUGUUCAUCACCCAUAUUUACCCCAUUGGUGCAGCCGCCAAUUGCGCUGGUUUGCACGUUGGCAGCCGUGUCCUCGAGGUGAACGGCGAGAGUUUGCUGCUCACCCCGCAGGCUCAAGUGCGCAAGGUCAUGCGAGCCAACGGUGCACCCUUGAUUACCAUUUUGGUUCAAGAGUUAGCUGACAACCAAUACGAGCUCAUCUACUCGCAAACGGAAAAGGCGAUUCGCCUUACAGCUCUUCCAAUGCCAGGUCACGCCACAGCCGGCGACUUGGUGGACUUUGAGCUGCGCCGACAUCACGGCAGUUUUGGCCUCAAGCUCGUGGGUGGCUGUGAGACCAGCUUCGGUGCCGUGUUUGUGGAUGAGUGUGCGGACAACGUGUGGCACGGUGAUGCCAAGUUGAGCCAGGGUGACCGCCUCGUUGCUGUCGGCGGUGUGUCUGUCAUCUCCAUGACCCGUGGCGAAGUGCAAGAGUUGCUGCGUAACGCUCCCAAAGAUAGCAUUCACGUGCUGGUCAUGCAAGUGGGCGCCGAGCAGUGGAAGAAAAUGUCAAGCGAGAUUCACCGAGAAGACUAUCGUACUUACAACAAGCACGGCAUUCGCCGCCUGCGUGCCAUGCGCCUCAAGCGCUCGCAGGCUUCCGGGGGUCUAGAAACGUCCGGUCCUUUGCAUGCAAUCUCUUUGCAUCGCGAGACCAAGUGUUCUUGGGGCUUCAACAUCGCUGGUGGCAGCGACACCAAGCUAGGUGCCGUUUUUGUGACUCGGGUCGAGCCCAACGGAUUGGCCAGUGUCAAGAGCGACCUGCAGCCUGGUGACCGCGUGCUACAGGUUGGGACGCUGUCUCUGCUCAGUAGCACACAAUCUGAAGCGUGGUCCGUGCUCAAAGCUCAGGAGAGCCGGCUUGACAUGGUCGUGCUUCGCCUGGGCUCCUCGAAAUGGGCAGCGCUUCUUUCCUCCCUCAAACUCCAUCGUGCGAGCGGCGACCAGCAACCAAUAGCCUCAUCAAAUGCUCAAGAAGCACUGGAUUUGGACGCGCUUCAACGCAUUCGUGAGGACCUUGUCGAGAAGCAAGGGACCAAGGGUCUGGGCUUUCUCAUCACAGCUCGCCAGUCACAUCAGUCUGGUGUUGAGAUUUGUCAAAUCAUCCCCGGCGGCAAUGCCCACCGCGAUGGGCGUUUGCGCGCCCAUGAUGUCUUGAUGGCCAUCAAUAAUACGGAUGUUUCAGCCAUGUCCUUUGAACAGGUCAUUGCCAUUCUGCGCAAAUGCACGACCCUGGCUCGUUUUGUAGUGCUGCGGGGUGGUCGGCAUCGUCUCGUGGCCACGUUGCUACGAGAUGCCAUCUGCGCGCCCUUGCCGGUUCCCAUGAGCGGACCCUUGCGUGAUGUAGAGAGCCAUGCAGGCUCUCGCCUUGUGAUCCUACGUCGAAUCAAUGGCGUCUUUCCCAUACAACUGAUUGGACGCACUGAGACGGGUGUUGCUCUCAACUUUCCCGCAGAUGUUCCUGCAAUGAUCGGGGCAGUGUCACCAGAGCUUGAUCUUGACCUUCAGGAAGGAGAUGCCAUACUGCAAGUUGCCGAGACGCUCGUGCACGACCUGGCAUUGCCAGCGCUCCAGACUCUGCUGGCUAAAUAUGAGCAUGAGGUCACGCUGCUGGUCAAAAACAUGCCCGAGGCGCUGCUCACCCUCCGCCGCGCCCUCGAGGAAGAAACCGCUGCAUGGCGUGCCCUGUCGGAAGAUGCUGAUCACUCAGUAGCGGUGGAGCGCACUGUGGCAGUCAUUGAAAGCGCUCAGGUGGCUGGAGAACGAACUGCUGUUCGACUUCAAGUGUCUGAAGCGUCCGAAGGCGCGAUGGGUGCCCCUCGCACCUGUCUGAUUGUGCGUCAGAAUGGAAGCAUGGGAAUCGAGCUCGUCGGACCUCGCCAAGCCGGUUUGCAAUUGUCACAGACGGGUGUAUUUAUUCACAACGUGGAACCAGGUUCUUAUGCUUCCUUGACCAAGGAAAUUGAGCGCGGUGACCGUGUGAUGCAAGUGGAGGAUGCUCUCAUCACAUCCAACAUGGGCGUUGGUGAGGUUGUGGCCUUGAUUCAAAGCCACGAGGCCUCGGUACACCUCACGCUGCAACGUGAUCCGCGUGCACACAACCGACUCGUCUUCGCUCUUCGACAUUCCCCGGACCUGUAUGAUGUCAUUGAUACCUCCAGCCCUGUGGCUGAGGCUUCCCUGGCUGCUUCUCAAAGUCUUCCCAGUCGCCGUACCAGCAAUACUCUGCCGCGCCCACCGCCAUUGGAACUUUCACUUGAUGUUACGCCACCUGGGAGCAUGACAGGCGCGCCAUUUACGCCCAUGACACCAUUUAGUGGCCUGGCCGGACUACCGAGGACCGCUGCGCCGACCGAGAAACGCAUUGAGCUGCCCCGCAACGCCCUGACAGGUGAUUUGGGCUUCUCGCUGAGCGGUGACGAUCGCGUGCCCGGGCCUGUGAUCGUAUCGCACAUUGAUGCGAGGGGCCUAGCUGCAGCUGACGGCCAGCUCCAUAUCAACGAUCAGGUUGUCGGAAUCAACGGCCGCACCACCAAGACCAUCUUGCUCUCCCGGGCCAAGGAGCUUUUGGCCAAAGCCGGUGCCCGUGUCACCCUUGAUGUCUUGCGCCUAUCAGCCGAUUCGACUGUGGAGAGCGAAGCAACUCCAACCACGCCAGCCAAGGUCGCAGAUCCGCUGGCAGUUGCAACUGAUCAGAUCCCCACACGGGCGCCUCGAGGCAACGAUGCCUCCCUGGCAAGCACUGUGCUGGCGAAUGCCCUUACCGGACAUGACGCAGUGCCGCCCCAGGGGCCAUCCGAGGCUACAACGUAUACCACCAUCACCAUGCGGCACAAUCGACACGACGAGCUGGGUUUCACUGUUGCCCUUGCAGACCCCGAGCAAGAGAGACAGUACACAGUACGCGUGUCCGCUGUGCAACCCACAUCCAUAGCGGCUCGGGCUGGGCUACAGCCCGGUGCUUUGCUGGUCGGCGUGGGGCAACACGAUGUGGCUCAGGCCACUCUCGAACAGGUGCUCGACUUGAUUGCCCAGGACGUCAAUGGUCAAGUGGUUCUUCGCGUCCUUCAGCCUCGCGUAUCCCAUUCGUCGAGCGCAGCGAACAGCGCCAACGUGACACGCACGCCGUCAGAUGCAUCCAUCCACAGUAACGACGAUGUGCUGACGCCCUUGGCUGCGGGUAGUACUGAAAACCUACACUAUCCCGGAGCAGCCGAGAUUGUGCGCACCAUUCCUCUCGUGACUGAAUGGAAUCUUGUUUCUCCGGGCUAUCGCCCAACGGAUUACACGCAUGAGUCAGUCUUUACGAACCAUCGUGCCGAUGCGGCCCAGACGGACGCACAGCUGGCGGUCGUUCGCUUUAAUCAGUUGGACCAGUUUGUGGACCGCCGCAGCCACGAGGGCAUAUAUAUGAUCGGCAGCGACCAUCGGCCGUUGUGCCCACUUGGACGGCAAGGCCUGGCCGGCCGCGGGCUGUUUUGUCAUUGGGGGCCCAACCACGCCGUUCACGUCCUCAUCUCACGUUGGGUGCGCGACGAAGACGGGCGCAUGGCUAUUGUAGACCAACGGCCUGAACUCGAAUUUUUGGCGCUCAAGCACCAAGUGUCCGGGGCCGUCUUCCUGCCUGGCGUUUUCAUUCGACCAGGCGAGAGCCUUUCUGGUGCCAUUGAGCGCGCCCUCAAUUUGGCAUCAAAGGGCGUCGCUGGUGCGGUGGCUGGUACCGACCACAAAGGCGGCAAGCUGACAACAGUGACUUAUCAGGCCGAGCAUCCCGCUCAGCCCACUCCAAUCGGUCGUCCAGCUCCGCUUGCGCCGUCGGCAGAGCAAAGCAGCCAGGCGCUGCACACCAUCGAGGAAGUGGACGAUGACGCCAACAGUAGCAGCGACGAAGAGGAAGCCGGUUCCGGCAAGUAUGAGCCAGGUGCGGGCGGCCCACCUCAUUUGCAACUUGGGCCGCAAGGCGGCGAUGCGGAGGCGGCAGGCUUAGAAGCACCUUCCCCCUGGACGGCUGCCGAUGAGCUUCUAGAAUGCUUGGAAGAGCCGGAUAUUGCUCGUAUCGAGAUUUUCCGCGGUGCUCUGGAGGAUCCACGAAAUACGGACAACGCCUGGCUUGAGACGACCGCCUUGAAUUUUCAUGAUGAGUCGGGACUCUUUGCCGAUCUGGAGUUUGACCCAGAGGUCUCGCCGCUGGUUUGGCGCAAGGCAACGCGAGAGUGUCCCCUUUGUCCAGAGCAAAUGGAGCUGGUCUAUCGCCUCGCUUCGGCUCAUCAAGCCUACUUCGAGCCGCGUAAGCGGCGGCGCCGCGAGGCUGUGCGCGAGUUUGAUGUCAUCUUACAAAAGGCUUCCAGCGUACCCUUUGGAUUCUCUAUCAGCACCAGUGGCCAAGGGCAUCAUCGCGUCGAAAAGAUUGCGCCCAAUGGCUUGGCUUUUGGACAGCUGGAGGUGGGCGACGAAAUUCUGGCCAUUAAUGGACAGGUCAUUGUAGGCUGGUCUCACCGCGAUGUGCGUGUGCGCAUCACGAGCAAUGCCAAUUUGGUCCUGCGCGUCAGCCGCGCACGCGAAUCCAGUUUGCACACGGUGCACAGCACUGCCUCAAUGGAUAGCCAGGGACACAAUUCAGGCUCGCGCAAAGGCAUGGGUCAGCGCGCGCGGCCCGUGUCAGUGCGCAUUCAGCGCGAGUGGUAUGACCGCUCCUUUGGCUUCAACGUCGCCAUCAACGCGCUGGAUCAAUGUGAGAUUUCCAAGGUCUCGUCUGACUCACCGGCCUGGUCCAAGCUACAGCUUGGUGACAUUGUCACAAGCAUCAACGACAAACAGGUGACCCGUCUAAGCCAUCAGCAGCUGGUGCAGCUCUGCCAGGGCAAGCUCAUCCUUAACAUGCGUAUUCUGCGCUUGACUGAGGAGGGGAAGAGUGGAUCGGCAACAUCGUCAUUGGCACCGCGUCGCAACUCCAGCAUGGGCCGUCUGGACGAGGCGGGCGAACAGUUGGUAGAAGUGGACUUGGGCCGUGACACCCUGACCGGCGGUUUUGGCUUUGGCUGCGGCACUACGGAAAGCGGGCAGCAUUUUAUUACCACGACCAAUCCAAAGGUAGUGAAAGGCUCUCUCCGCGCCGGCGAUCGCAUCAUCCGUGUGAAUUCGCUUGAGGGCGACAGUCUGACCGACGAGCGGCUGCACGAGGUCACGGAAGGCGCAGAGCGCCUUCAUCUGCUGGCCAUUCGGCAGCGUCCAGGCUUGGACGUGGAGGACCUGGAGUUUGUUUCGCGUGACUUUAACGUGGGCUCACCUGCGGGUCGUGAUGUGGCCCGGGUCGAUCGCGGCGAUCGGCCCGUUUCCAUCAAGCGCCUACAGCAGCGUCUUUCCAGUCCAGAUACAGGCGUGCUCUUGGUGCAAUUGGAAGCCACCGAGGAGGGCUGGGGCUUAGAUCUUGCCAAUGUGGCUGCCCACGAGCUCGAGGGGCACGUACCACAGGCGGCGGUGAUGGGUAUUCGUGAUCAGCGCUUGAGUGGUGUGGUGGAGAUUGGCCAGGGUGUCCUGCGGGCUCGACGAUUUGGGGAAGCUUGGUUCGAGCUGCGCUCUGAAAAGGCCGUUGGAGUGGAAGCGGUUCUUCGCGUCCUGGGCUCACCUGUCGAGUUGGAGUUGUCUCGCCGCCUCUUUGACCUCGAGCAGACAGCACCUGCGAUUGAAAGCGAUUCACAAGCCCCUCAUUCAAACGGUGGCCGGAUGUUCAAGGGGGGGCGCUGGCGGAGCAAGCGCCACGGCCAACGUCAACGCCAACAGCAGCGUGGUGGACCGAAUGAAGCGGGCGGGGAUUCGUCCCUCGGCCGUGGAACUGUGAGUGGAGGGGACCAGCUACACCUCGGCCGUUUUGGCCGCUUCAAUAGCUCUCGCAACAAAAACAACACCAGCAAAUCUCAGAACCAGCUGUCGCUGCCACAGCAGCCGCGCCGAACCUCUGAGUCUGGAGAACGCGGUAUCUCGCGCCGGUGGCUGCGCAAACAUCCCAGUCGCUCCACCCCGCUGACCGAUGCAGACGAGAGCGAGACGGCAAGCCGUACGGGUAGCGGUGAGGGUGGCCUGGUGCUAGGAGUGAAUGACACGAGCUCACGCCGCAGCAGCUCCACCAACUCGCAUGGCAUUGAAUGGGACUUGACAAGCGAAAACUCGACGCACCGGCGGCCAAGCUCGCGCAGCCUCACUGCCAUUUGAAAGGUGAACUGGUUGGUCGUGAUUUCGUUUACCUGGAGGCAGCAAAUUGCAAACAGACAACUAUAUGUGGCGGGGGGCUUUUUAGAUUUCCGCUGGUACGAUGGCGGUGUUUAGAUUGGACUACAUUUUUAUCUUUUGUAAUGUGUUUGGGGCCUCGACAACAGGUCGAUCGAUGCCCAACAUGAAAGAAAUUUAUGCAAAC